CUGCCCCUCCCAGUCCUUUCCUGCCCCGUUGGAGGGAGUUGGAGCAAAGGAGAAAAUGUUUCACAGCUGAGAUUCCCCCCAGGGCUGCACAGUCGGUUCCGACUUCUGACAACGCAGGGUAAGUGGCUCCAGGUCAUUGCUCCAAUCGCACAACAUGACGGUGGAGAAGGAACCGAGUGACUCCAACAACCCAAACAUGGAUCCACCUGAGGUUCUGAUGAGCAAUGGGGGUGGGGAAACUCCCCCCCAAAAGGUUUCCUGUUGCUCCAACCUAAAGAUGUUCCUGGUGGCCCUGUGCUUCAGCUACUUUGCCAAAGCUUUCUCGGGAAGUUACAUGAAGAGCUCCAUCACGCAGAUCGAGAGGAGGUUCGACAUCUCGUCGUCUACAGUGGGGAUGAUCGACGGAAGCUUUGAGAUUGGCAACUUGAUGGUGAUCGCCAUCGUUAGUUACUUUGGGGCGCAGUUCCACCGGCCGAGGAUCAUCGCAGCCGGGUGUAUCCUGAUGUCCCUUGGGAGUUUCCUGACGGCAAUGCCGCACUUCUUCAUGGGACUGUACAAGUACGAGACAGUGGGAGGCCCUACCUCACUAAACAGCAAUGCCACCAUCAACGUGUCCCCCUGUUUGGCUAAUCGGUCACUGGUCGACACCCCUAAACCAGAUUGUGUAACAGAAAACGGUUCCCACAUGUGGGUUUUCCUGCUGGUGGGGAAUAUUUUACGGGGAAUAGGGGAAACCCCCAUAGCCCCUCUUGGAAUUUCCUACCUGGAUGAUUUUUCUAGACCGGAAAACACUCCCCUACAUAUUGCUUGUUUACACACCGUAGCCAUGUUUGGCCCUAUGACCGGCUUCAUGUUGGGUUCCUUUCUUGCCCGACUCUAUGUCGAUAUCGGCUUUGUGGAUACGGAUACAAUAACCAUUACGCCGCAGGAUACACGUUGGGUCGGAGCCUGGUGGAUCGGUUUUCUGCUUUCCGGAGCCGUGAAUCUCAUGUCUGCCAUCCCCUUCUUUUUCCUACCCGAGAGCCUGAAAGAAGAGCAGAGAGAGGGGCAGAAACCCCAGACUAAGCAAGGGGAAGAAAAGGGGCACAAACAAAAAGAAAAGCCCACGUUGCGAGGUUUCUUUGCCGCCUUGAAGACGUUGUGUUUCAACCGAUUAUUUGUCAUGUUGAUGUGCCUCACCCUCCUGCAGACCAACAGCUUCCUUGGCUUCAUUACAUACAAACCCAAGUACAUGGAGCAGCAGUAUGGCCAGUCCAUCUCCAAGGCCAACUUUGUCACUGGGGUAUCUACAUUACCAGCAGCAGCACUGGGGAUGUUCUUGGGGGGCCUGAUUAUGAAGAGGUAUAAGUUUGGGCUGCUCGGGGCAUCUAAGAUGGCAUAUGGGACCUCCCUCCUGGCGUUUCUCCUGUCUCUUUCGGCCUUUUUCAUUGGCUGCGAGAACAACAAUGUUGCAGGAAUAACGGUGACAUAUGAUAGGGUCAAAGUGAAUAAUUUUCAAGACAGAAUUAUAUAUUCUCCCUGUAACUCCGACUGUCACUGCUCAUCAAAGCAAUGGGACCCGGUGUGUGGCGAGAAUGGUGUCACCUACGUGUCCGCUUGUCUGGCCGGGUGUAAAGCUUCAACUGGUUCUGGACUGGGCACGGUCUAUCACAACUGCUCAUGUAUUGACACCGCACUCUCCACGGCAGUAAAUUCCUCGGCGCAUUUGGGGUCCUGCCCCCGAGGGCCCGAUUGCAGCAGAAUGUUCAUGUUUUAUGUCGUCACACAAGCCAUCAACACAUUUAUAUUUGCCCUAGGGGCAUCCUCGGCCUACGUCCUGCUUCUCUGGAGUGUGAACCCAGAAAUGAAGUCGCUGGCUGUGGGGGUCUAUAUGCUGCUCAUACGGACACUGGCGGGGAUUCCGGCCCCAAUAUACUUUGGGGCGAUCAUUGACAAGUCUUGUCUGAAGUGGGGUACCAGGCUGUGCGGGGGGCGAGGGGCCUGCCGGUUGUACGAUGCCGACUCCUUCAGGAGGAGGUUCCUGGGGCUCACCGCCGGGAUACGCGCCCCCUCCUACAUUCUCUUCUUCAUCUUUAUUGUGAUGGUGAAGAGACGGCCCCCCACCGGGACUGGGGCCCCCCAACCCCACGAGAAGGCAGAAAACUGCGAUAAGAAAGAGCUUUAUGCCAACGGCGCCAGCGCGGACGAGUGUGUGGCCUUCCAGGCGGAGAAGGAAACCCAUAUCUAAUGGGAACUGCCCCCCCAAACUGGACUUAUGGGGGCAAUAGGACAAUGGAUAAGCCCCACCCCCAAACUGGACUUAUGGGGGCAAUAAGAUAAUGGAAAAGCCCCCCCUCUUCUUUUUUAGCCGGGGGGCCCAAAAGGUACUUUGUGAUCUACCAGUAGUUCUUGAGCCGGUAACCAGUACCUCACUGCAGCCCAGCAUUGGCCACACCCAUUCAACUACAGCAGCCUUCUGGGUAAUUUCCUGGUCUCCAAUCAAACAGCUUUGGAAAUGGGCACUGUCUCUUUAAAUAUAUUUUGCAGCGCAACAUUGUAACUGUCAGGGGGUGGAGCCUAAUGUUUCUAGCCCCGCCCCCACUGACCAGAUUGGAAUAGAAUUAAAGUGGGGUUUAAAGGCAA